CCUAAAUAAGCCUUCACGGCUAAAAUAUUUGUUUUUAUGUGAUUCAAGCAAGUAAUGAAUAAUCAAAUACCAACGAUAUCGUACGAUUAAAGCGGCUAGCUUGUUAUGUUGAAAUAACGAAACUUUCCAUGGCGUUCUGGAACAGUCUGGGGAAACCACUUGGACAAAACUUGUAAGUUCCACGACUCGAGAGCCUGAGCUUGUCAAACGCCACUGUUCCGAUACAAAACUGAGUUGUAUCGAAAUGCGAGCAAUAUUCUCCAUUCAAGUUUAAGUGACGCCGCAGCUUUUAUAUUCCGCAAGUUUUGUGCCGAUGUCGCGACGGUCUCGAGGAAGCAACACAUGGGAGGUGCGUGCAUCGACGUUGGCUCGCAAUACCCAUAACCUGAUAAGGGACAUCGUCGAGAACCUUCAGGUAGAGCCAAACCCUGAGAAGCAACUCAUAGCUCUUUCAGUUGGUGAUCCGACAACUUUUGGAAAUCUUAACCCUCCCGAGCAAGUACUGCAAGCUGUUCGGGAGAGUAAUGAAUGGCUUAGCAGUCGCAGUUAUGGCCCUGCAAAGGGACACAUCGAAGCCAGGGUGGCCGUAGCGCAGUACAGUGCCCACCAGGGAGACAUUUCACCCGAAGACGUCGUCCUGUGCAGUGGGUGCUCGCAUGCAAUAGAACUUGCUAUCACAGUGAUCGCAGACUCAGGACAAAAUGUAUUGGUUCCCCGUCCUGGCUUCAUGAUAUACAAGACUGUCGCUGAAGGAUUAGGCAUUAAUAUCAAACAUUAUAACUUAUUGCCAGAUCAACAAUGGAAGAUAGAUCUCGAGGAUCUAGAGAACCAGAUAGAUGACGACACCGCCGCUAUAGUCGUAAUAAAUCCUUCAAAUCCAUGCGGCUCGGUGUAUGACAAGGGGCAUUUAUACGAGAUACUUGAUAUAGCAUCGAGGAACCACGUGCCCAUCAUUGCUGAUGAAAUAUAUGAACAUUUUGUGUUCUCAAAUAAUGAAUUCACUGCAUUAUCAGCCUUAUCGGUAGAUGUUCCGAUACUAACAUGUGGUGGCCUUACGAAAAGGUUUUUGGUACCUGGCUGGCGUAUGGGAUGGGUCAUUAUCCACGACAGACACAAUAUAUUCGGGAAAGAAGUUCGUCAAGGUUUGUCGAACUUGGCCUCUAGAAUUUUAGGGCCAAACACAUUAAUACAGAGGGCAUUACCAGCAAUCCUGACAUGCACACCACAAAGCUUUUUCGACGAGGUUGUGUUGUUUAUAGAGAACCAAGCGAAAUUGGCCUUUGAUGAACUACGAUGCGCUCCUGGCUUGCGUCCUAUAAUGCCACAGGGUGCUAUGUACAUGAUGAUUGAGAUCAAAUUGUCACUAUUUCCAAAUUUCAAGAAUGAACUACAAUUUGUUGAACGCCUGGUCGCCGAGCAGUCGGUGUUUUGCUUACCUGGACAGUGUUUUGCCUAUCCCAACUUCAUGAGGAUCGUUUUGACUGUGCCCGAAGCUAUACUGCGAGAGGCUUGCAAACGGAUGAUAAUCUUCUGCAAAGACCACAUCGUAUCCAGAGAGACCAUCAAGGAAAUUGAGAGUGAUAUAGUAACUGUACCAAGUGACAACGAAGUCAUCUGUGACAACGAUACUGCACAUGUUGCUUAGAAUAAUGUGUUUUUCUUAUAUAUAAUAGUUAAUAAUUACCAUUUAUUCUAAAAUAAAUGGACCCUAUGUGCCUACCUACGAAGAUGUUUUUUUAAACUGCAUUUCGUAGUUAUAUUACAACGAAGUAUCAAUUUGAAGUGUAAUCAACUUUCUAAGGAGUAGUGUCUGAUGGAAUUAGAUUUCACGUAUUUAAAUAAUUACACUAGUACCUAAUUAUUUUUUGCAAUGAAAAAUACGAUUGAAAACUAACACUAUACCUAUACUUUUAAAUGUCACUGUAGGUUUUAUAUACCGAAUAAUCAUGUUUGUAGUUUUUUGUUUACUGUUGUCUCUUUCCUACAAUAUGAUAAACUGUUGAUAGUGUUAUGUGAUGUCAGUGAUUGCAUAUACAUAGCGCACUCACCCAGUGCAUGGGAAUCACAUCACGUACACGUCAAAAAUAAAACCUACAGCAUUUUAUGCCAACAUAAAUAAACAUGGGUAAAAUAAUUAACAAUUUAAUGAAUUCAGCAGUUUACGUUGAAACUGGUGUAAUAUAACUAUUAUGUGCAUAAUAUUUACAAGUUGUAACUAAGUAGAGAUGAAUUUGUGGUUAC